CGCAGCCGGCUCCAGGAGGCGGGCGAGCGCGCCUCCCUCUUCUUUUCCUUCCCCCUCCUCCGCUCUCUGCCAGCUAACUUUUCCCGAGCCCGGACCCGCGGCGCAGAGCUCCCAGGCAGCUGCGGGGCCGACUGCCGACCUCGGGCUGAGAGCGCGGUGGUGCCCAGUAUCCCAUCCCUGCGCCCUCGGCGCGCUCCGGAGAGAACAGGACCAUGUCCCGGGCUGGAGACCGAGGCAAAGCCCUGGCGAGAUGGCUGGGCACUGGGCUUUUGGGUCUCCUCCUGCUCCCCAUGUCCCUGUCGCUGGAGGUGUCUGUGGGAAAGGCCACUACCAUCUAUGCUGUCAAUGGCACGGAGAUCCUGCUGCCUUGCACCUUCUCCAGCUGCUUUGGCUUCGAGAACCUCCGCUUCUGGUGGACCUACAAUAGCACUGACAUAUUCAAGCUUCUCAUAGAUGGAACUGUGAAGAAUGAGAAGUCCGACCCUAGGGUGAAGUUGAAAGGUGAUGACCGCAUCACUCUGGAGGGCACCACUAAGGAGAAGAUGAACAACAUUUCCAUUCUGCUGAGGAGCCUGGAGUUCAGCGACACAGGCAAAUAUACCUGUCAUGUGAAAAACCCCAAGGAGAAUGACCUGCAGCACCAGGCCACCAUCUUCCUCCAAGUUGUUGAUAAAUUGGAAGAAGUGGACAACACAGUGACAGUCAUCAUCCUGGCCGUGGUGGGUGGAGUCAUUGGACUCCUCAUCUUCAUCUUGCUGCUAAAGAAGUUCAUCACUUUUGUCCUCAAGAAGACCCGGGAGAAAAAGAAGGAGUGUCUUGUGAGUUCCUCUGGGAAUGACAACACGGAGAACGGGUUGCCUGGCUCCAAGGCAGAAGAGAAACCACCCACAAAAGUCUGAGGCCCUGCUUCAGGCCAAGCAGCUGCAGGGGGCCUGGCUUUCUGAUCCUGACACUGAAGCUUGAGCCCGUCCGUCUGUAGAACCCACGUGCCUGAGACAUCUGCUGCUUGGCUCAAACUGUAGUCCUCCCGGGCAGGGAGAAACCAGUGUCCUGCCCAGCCUGCCCCACACCCUCCCCAGCCAGGGCUUCCCAGGGACAAGGACUGGCCAGGGAAGGGGGCCUGUGAAAAGUUCAGGAAAGGGAAAGGCGGGGCUGGUCCCCCGACACCUGGGAAGAUGGGGGCUCUUUCUGGCUCCCCCCACUGAGUGAGCAGGACCUUGAUUUUCCUUCUGAUUUCUCCUCAAGAGGGACUUGGGGGAUCAGUGAGCCUGCCCCAAAAACUGGACCUUGGAGCCUUGUGUGGGGAACAAACCCUUUUGGGUGGGAGGGGG